AUGCCCAGCCCGGCCGGGCUCCGCGCGCUGUGGCUGUGCGCCGCGCUGUGCGUCUCGCCCGGUGCCGCCGCCGCCUGCCCGGCCCCCUGCCACUGCCAGGAAGACGGUAUCAUGCUGACCGCCGACUGCUCGGAGCUCGGGCUGUGCGCCGUGCCCGGGGACCUGGACCCCUUGACGGCGUACCUAGACCUCAGCAUGAACAACCUCACGGAGCUUCAGCCUGGCCUCUUCCACCACCUGCGCUUCUUGGAGGAGCUGCGUCUGUCUGGGAACCACCUCUCCCACAUCCCGGGACAAGCCUUCUCUGGGCUCUGCAGCCUGAAGAUCCUGAUGCUUCAGAACAACCAGCUGCGAGGAGUCCCCGCAGAGGCGCUGAGGGAGCUGCCAAGCCUGCAGUCCUUGCGCCUAGAUGCGAACCUCAUCUCUGUGGUCCCGGAGAGGAGCUUUGAGGGGCUGUCCUCCCUCCGCCACCUCUGGCUGGACGACAAUGCACUCACCGAGAUCCCUGUCAGGGCCCUCAACAACCUUCCUGCCCUGCAGGCCAUGACCCUGGCCCUCAACCGCAUCAGCCACAUCCCCGACUACGCCUUCCAGAACCUCACCAGCCUUGUGGUGCUGCACCUGCACAACAACCGCAUCCAGCACCUGGGGACCCACAGCUUCGAGGGGCUGCACAAUCUGGAGACCCUGGACCUGAACUAUAAUGAGCUGCAGGAGUUCCCCGUGGCCAUCCGGACCCUGGGCAGACUGCAGGAACUAGGAUUCCACAACAACAACAUCAAGGCUAUUCCAGAAAAGGCCUUCGUGGGGAACCCUCUGCUGCAGACCAUAUACUUUUAUGAUAACCCGAUCCAGUCUGUGGGAAGGUCGGCGUUCCAGGACCUGCCGAAGCUGCACACACUAUCCCUGAAUGGUGCCACAGAUAUCCAGGAGUUCCCCGAUCUCAAGGGCACCACCAGCCUGGAGACCCUGACCCUGACCCGCGCAGGCAUCCGGCUGCUCCCACCAGGGCUGUGCCAACAGCUGCCCAGGCUCCGGGUCCUGGAGCUGUCUCACAACCAGAUCGAGGAGCUGCCCAGCCUGCACAGGUGUCAGAAGUUGGAGGAAAUUGGCCUCCAACACAACCGCAUCUGGGAAAUCAGAGCCGACACCUUCAGCCAGCUGAGCUCCCUGCAAACCCUGGACCUGAGCUGCAAUGCCAUCCGGUCCAUCCACCCUGAGGCCUUCUCAACCCUGCGCUCGCUGGUCAAGCUGGACCUGACAGACAACCAGCUGACUGCGUUGCCCCUGGCCGGCCUCGGGGGCCUGAUGCACCUGAAGCUCAAAGGGAACCUGGCUCUGUCCCAGGCUUUCUCCAAGGACAGUUUCCCGAAACUGAGGAUCCUGGAGGUGCCCUAUGCCUACCAGUGCUGUGCCUAUGGUGUCUGCGCCAGCUUCUUCAAGGCCUCUGGGCAGUGGGAGGUCCAGGACUUGCACCUUGAUGACGAGGAGGCUCCAAAGAGGCCCUUGGGCCUCCUUGCUGGACCAGCAGAGAGCCACUAUGACCUGGACCUGGAAGAGCUCCAGCUGGAGAUGGAGGACUCAAAGCCACACCCCAGCGUCCAGUGUAGCCCAGUGCCAGGCCCCUUCAAGCCCUGUGAGCACCUCUUUGAGAGCUGGGGCAUCCGCCUGGCCGUGUGGGCCAUCGUGUUGCUCUCUGUGCUCUGCAAUGGACUGGUGCUGCUGACUGUGUUUGCUGGCGGGCUCACGCCCCUGCCCCCCGUGAAGUUUGUCACAGGUGCCAUUGCCGGCGCCAACGCCCUAACUGGGAUUUCCUGCGGCCUCCUCGCCUCAGUGGACGCCCUGACCUUCGGCCAGUUCGCCGAGUACGGAGCCCGCUGGGAGAUGGGGCUGGGCUGCCGCGCCACGGGCUUCCUGGCAGUCCUGGGGUCGGAGGCCUCCGUGUUGCUGCUCACGCUGGCUGCCGUGCAGUGCAGCGUCUCUGUCUCCUGCGUCCGAGCCUACGGGAAGGCCCCCUCCCCGGGCAGCGUCCGCACCGGGGCCCUGGGCUGCCUGAUGCUGGCAGGGCUGGCCGCGGCCCUGCCCCUCGCCUCCGUGGGAGACUACGGGGCCUCCCCGCUUUGCCUGCCUUACGCCCCAGCCGAGGGUCAGCCGGCGGCCCUGGGCUUCGCCGUGGCCCUGGUCAUGAUGAACUCCUUCUGCUUCCUGGUCGUGGCCGGGGCCUACAUCAAACUCUACUGCGACCUGCCGCGCAGCGACCUGGAGGCUGUGUGGGACUGCGCCAUGGUGAGGCACGUGGCCUGGCUCAUCUUCGCCGAUGGGCUCCUCUACUGUCCCGUGGCCUUCCUCUGCGUCGCCUCCAUGCUGGGCCUCUUCCCUGUCACCCCCGAGGCUGUCAAGUCUGUCCUGCUCGUGGUGCUGCCCCUGCCUGCCUGCCUCAACCCGCUGCUCUACCUGCUCUUCAACCCCCACUUCCGGGAUGACCUUCGGCGGCUCUGGCCCUGCGCCGGGAGCCCAGGGCCCCUGGCCUAUGCUGCUGCCCGGGAGCUGGAGAAGAGCUCCUGUGAGUCCACCCAGGCUCUGGUGGCCUUCUCUGAUGUGGACAUCGUCCUGGACGCCUCUGAGGCUGGGCGGCCGCCUGGGCUGGAGACCUAUGGCUGCGCCUCAGUGACCUGCGUCCCCUGUCAGCAGCCAGGAGCCCCGAGCCUGGAGAGCAGCCAUUGUGCGGAGCCAGAGGGGCCCCGCUCUGGGAAGCCACCACCCCCCAUGGAUGGCGAACUGCUGCUGAAGGCAGAGGGAGCCCCUCCACGCCAAGGCAGGGCCUUCCGGCACUCUAGCGGGGCCUUCGGCUCGCAUGUGUAG